AAAGAAAGAAAUAUCACCCCAGCAACAUAAUACAGUAGAGUUCACUUGAAAGAUGGCGCGACGCACUCGAUGAAAACAUUGUUUCAAAAUAUACUUUACCUGCAGAGGUCGAACGAGUGUUUAUGCGUUUUGGGAUGACGUCAGUAUAUUUUGUUCUCCGGUAGUAUGCACUCGAUUAGCUACUUUGCACAUUUUAAUCAACAUUAUUGAACAGAUAUUAUCAAAUGAAAUUAGCUUGUUUCAGGUAUACAACAGAGCCAUUUCCAACAGACGUGAACGAACCCUCAAAUUGGUAGUAUGGCUUUUUAUGAAGUUUACUCUCAUCCCGUUUUGAUUCGGUACAAAGCAAGUGUUUGCACGAGCGCGACUGUGUUUCUCGUCGUUGUCGUGUGCCUCACUUACAUCUCACCGCUGCUGGUGGCUUUCAGGAGCCAAGGUUUCUGGAUUAAAAGGAGCACGUAUGAAGAACAAGCAGUAGUUCGAUUCCAGUAUGAGACACUGCUGGUGGUUGCAACCAGUACAAAGGGUGAUCAUGUGGUGUGGAGCACCUUUCCCCAUCUGAACAACAUGCUUGGAGAAAAAUUGAGAAUCCCCGCUGUCUCUGUGAGGGAAGAGGACCAAAACCAGGAUGGGAAGGUGGACCGUCUGAUUUUUCAACUGCAGUUACCACUGAAGGAUGAGGAGAACGUAUACAGUGUCCAGCUGCUACUGAUAUUCAGCUACCAACUCUUUACAAAGUCAACAGUGGUGAUGCAGAGCCUAGCCUACAUGCAGCAUUCCUCCCCUGUACCUGGAGCCAAGCUUUUCAUCAGUGGAGACCUGAGGCUGCAGCAGAGAACGCCCUUGCCACACCGUGGUCUGUUCAACAUUUACAAUGUUUCUGUGAUUGACGGCUCCAGUCCUUUUGCAAGUGCUUAUGAUCUCGACAACAUAGUGAGGCGCUACCAGGAACGCAACUUGACCACAGUACUUUCCUGUCCUACACCGGUGUGGACUACCGGACGGGCUGCUGGUUCUCCUUUCCAGCUAAUUGCGGAAAUUCACUACCCUGUGGAGGUCAUUAGCUAUUAUCCUGGCUUCUGGGAAACCAUCAAGUUUGCCUGGAUCCAAUAUGUCAGCAUUCUCCUGAUCUUUCUCUGGGUCUUUGAACGCAUCCAGACAUUUGUUUUCCAGAACCAAGUUUUAACAACUGUACCGAUAACUACUGGAAAACCUCACCAGCAGUGAUAAUGUUUGACAGUAGUAAUUUCUCAUAUGGAGCAAGCACUGUUCUUUCUUUACAUUAUGGGCUGAAUAAGAAACGAUGUCUGCAACAUUUUCAUUUUCUUUUCCAUUUCUUUGGAAAGCUUUCUGUCCCCAGAAAUGUGUAGGCAAUUCUCUAGAGGCAAAAUAAACCAUAACAUAAAAUAAAAACAGAUAUAUUCUGCCCCCCCCCCCUCCCACACACACAUGCACACACACACAAACAACCCAUUGUGGUGGCAUCAAUUCUGUAAUUUAAUGGCAUUUUGGAGAGGAUUGAUGAUUCUUUCAAAUAAAGACUGAUAGAGUAUAGAUAAA